UCAAUGUCAUUUAAUUCUAUUUCCAUCUGCAUUAUUCAGGAAAUAGGAAAUUAUGCGAUGUGUAUAUUGUGAUUUUGUGUAAAAAUACGUGAAUUUCUCUACAAAAACAUUAUAAAUUAUUUGAACUUAUAGUGAUUUAUUAAUUUUUAUUAUUUGCUUUACAGAUUAAUUAUCGUUACGUUAACGUUACUUUCAUUUUAUUAUAGGUUUUAGGAUGACGGAAACUUCUGUUUCUGCGAUUCCUCCCCCUCCGGGCACAGAGAAUCCCCCUCUGGGCACAGAGAAUCCCCCUCUUCCGCCCCCAACACCAAGUAACAAUUCAGUUCAAAAUCACCAGCAACAGGGUUGGUUACCGUAUUAUUUUAAUGGUUAUUAUAAUCCUCAGUAUGCCCAAUUCUAUCAAUUUUACAUGAACGGAUAUAACCAACAAUUCCAAGCAUAUCAAGCUCAGCUGAACAAGAAGGAAGAGGGAGACAAGAUCCAGCCCCCGCUUCCUCCCGGCCCUCCUUUGCCUAGCACCCCACCAAACGUUUCACGUUCCCCAUUAUUGAAUGCCCAAAAGCAGUUUGGGAAUAUCAGAUUUCAGUUGAACGGCAAACGGUUACCAAACCACAAUGCCAUGAUGCAGCAGCAGAGUAAUUCUCCUAAUAGUGGCGCGGCUAAGAAAAAACGCAAGCGUAACAGAAAUAACCAGAACAACCAAUUCAACCAGAACCACUUUAAUACACCACCGCUACCCCCUCCGGAAUUAAAUAUACCCAAACCAGCCCCACCUCCGGAGACGAUGCCCCCUGAACCCCCACUGCCGCCUCUACCCAAAGGCGAUAAGCCUCCUCUACCUCCUAUACCGUCUCAUGACUUGUCUGAUAUUAAGCCUCCGAUAACCAACCCAUCUGAUGAUUGGCCCGAUAGUUUAAAAGAUUAUGUUCAUCGAAGUUAUGCCAAAUGCAAAACUGCAAUCGACAAGAAUCAGGUGGAGAUUAUUCUCAAAGGGAAAAUCACGCAGGCUUACCAAUCCGGCCAGCUGAACAAAGACUGGAAUAAGGAGCCUCUACCUAAUAUUCACAGCGAACGGCAAGCUUUCACGGGGCAGGUAAAGACUGUUCCCGGUCAGCUUGCUCAGUUCCAAAAUAAUAAGAAGGGAUUGUCGCCUGGUCUGGGUGCUAGGCUGGGUGCUCGGGCAAGUACGUUAAGGGGGAAGAGCAAGUCUUCUUCUAGGUCUAGGUCAAGGUCUCCUAUCGGAAGGAGGAAGUCUAAGUCGAGGUCCAGAAGCCCGAGACGGCAUCACACACCUAGUGGAAGUUCGUCGUCAAGUAGUGAUGAAAAUUUCAAACCUCUCGUAAAGAGCGGUAAAAAAAAUAAAGGUAAAUUGUCUGAUAGAUUAGGUCCUACCAAAAAUAAGCUUUCGGCAAAGGCAAUGAAGAAACAGAAGGCGAAAGAGAAGAAGGCUAACUUCUACGCUACGUUCGGCCAAGAUGUGGAAGAAAACAACGAGAUCCUGCAACAGAGGGCGGCUAGAUUUAAUAGUUUAAAGUCUUCCGUUACCCCGACCAGUGCCGCGAGUCUGGUCAGCUGCAGUAAGCGGCAAAGCUUCGUAGUUGAUAAGCCUUUUGAGGACAGUAAUGCCAUGGACUUCGACUGGUCGGAUUGUCACAUUGUGGGCACGUGUCAGGAUUUGGAAAAAUCGUUCCUUCGUCUGACGAAAGCCCCCGAUCCGUGUGAUGUUCGGCCAGUUGAGGUACUUAAAUUGUCAUUGCAGAACGUCAAGGAGAAGUGGAUGCAGAAGCAGGACUAUUUCUAUGCAUGCGACCAGCUCAAGUCGAUUCGUCAGGAUCUAACGGUUCAAGGGGUAAGGAAUGACUUCACAGUUCAGGUGUACGAAACCCACGCGCGGAUUGCGCUGGAGAAGGGCGACCACGAGGAGUUUAAUCAGUGUCAGACGCAAUUAAAAAUGUUGUAUAACGAAGUAGGUGGGUCGAACAGGAACGAGUUUAUAGCUUACAGGAUAUUGUACUACAUCUUCACCAAAAAUACUUUAGAUAUAAUGACAAUAAUGAAAUCUCUUACGAAAGAGGAAAAAUCCGAUCCGUGUAUCUCGUUCGCGUUAAAAAUUAGGUCCGCUUGGGGUUCGGGCAAUUUCCAUAAGUUCUUUACGCUUUACUCUCAAGCACCUCUAAUGACGGGUUACCUCGUCGACUGGUUCAUUGAUAGAGAGCGCAAAGACUAUUUAAAAUGUAUUAUCAAAAGCUACCGUCAAAACGUAACAGUCAGCUUUGUGAUGCAAGAACUGGCGUACAGAUCAACAAAGGAAUGUUUAGAAUUCUUAGAACAAUUUUCCUUAACGUUUGUCGACGUCGAGAGGACCUCAAUAGAUUGCAAAAGCAGUAUGGCUGCUCUUUCGAACAUCUGAAAUAUUUUCUUUCGUUGUACCGGAAAGGUGAAAUUAUUUGGCUGUGUGAUUUUUCUAUUUAUUUAGUUCUCUUCUGGUUGUCGUUUCCUUCGGAAGUCCACCGGCGGAAUUCUGUUAGAAGGUUUCCGAUUGAAACUGCAGGCGGGUUUUCGUGCCGGAGCCGGAUGUAAUUGGAUGAUUUUUCUUCUGGCGAAGAUCGACUUUUCUCGAGUUGGGGAUUUUUUCGCACAAGCCAUUCUGAUCGGGCUGGUUUAUCCGAGUGAUUUACACCAAUUUCGUUGUUAUUUAGAAGCCUCCCACAUUUCAACACUUUUUGUUGCGAUAUAAACGAAUCCGUGGUUCGUCGAGAGCCCAGGCGAUGUCACGUUUUAGUGGCCGUAGGAUUAAGUGUAUGAAUAAUUUAUAUACUCAGCCAUUAAAGUUCGUCGUUAUUUUUGUAUAUAGAUUGUAUUCCAUUCAUAAGUAAAUAUAUUAUCUGAUUAGUA